CAAAAAUCAAAAUAAAGUAUUACUGGAGAAAAAAACAAUUUUUUUGCAUAAUAUUUGUACUUAAAAUAUGUAGAAUCUUCUGUUUACCAUGCGUCGGUUACUGUGGGUGUUGGUGUAUGGCCUAUUGUUCUGUGUGUUAUGUUUUCAUGCGGCACCGUCAAGAAGCAAAAUUGGUGUAACUGAGCUACUCCAACGUCUCGUCAAGCAGUACAAAAAGCUAAAACAUUUCGAAGGCGAGCACAAUAUAUCGACACGAAAACGAAGCGAUAUCAACUCAGUUUUAAAAUCCAUCAUUCAAGAAAAUGCAGAAAAAAUCCGUACAAGAACAAAGCUUAGAAGAAGUAAAAAACCAAUCACUGCAAGACAAAAGAAAUAUUAUGACUUAAGAGAUAAGAUAGCAUCUGCGGUGGAGAGUAUAACUUUCCCUGCACCUCAGUUGAAGCGCACUUAUAAAUCGGAGUUGGAUCGCCUGCUGGAAAGGAUGAAAGAGAAAACUCUUGAAGAUCAGAGAUUCCACCAAAGAAAUAGCGAAUUGAGAGUAAAAAAGAAAGCUGUGGUCAAUGAUUCAUUUUCUAACGAGUUAAAUUUCAGACCAGCUGAUAAAGAAAGCGAUAACCCACACCCGGCUAAAAAAAUUCUUUCUGUUUAUCAACAGGCUCACGAGGGUAAUAAUACAGGAGACGAUGAACUCGAAGAAAACUUGCGAAUUAUACACGCCGAACACACGAUUAACCCAAACCCUCACCCGGAUCUGUUAAAGGCUUCGUAUGAUCCGCUUCGAAUUUCGUUAAGACCAAUCACAAGCGAGGUAGAUGAAGACGAGGAAACUCCAAACGAUAAACCAAAAGGCCACGAAAAAGAUCGAAGUAAAAGGCCUGCUGGUGUAAAUUAUAAGCCGGGAAAAGCUGAAAAUAAAAAUAUGAGCAAGUCAGCUAAUAAAACAGUAAAAAAUCUAAAACCUCCCGAUAAUUGGAGUUUAGCUACAAAUAAAGAAGAUAAAUUAACAGAUCCCGCACUAAAAUUACUCAACACUACAAAAGAAGAAAACGCCACUCAGAAAUAUAACACGACAAAAACACGACUUCAUAAAAGUUCAAACAUGGUAACACCGAUCAAAGAAAAUGACGCCGAUGACUGGACGGAUCGUCGAACUCACGCACUUGCUAUCUUAGCAAAACUUUCCAGUGACUUAGAUCAACCUGAUGUGAUUGAUAAUGUCAUGCAGGCGUUGGGUAUUGCAGAUAUCAUCAAACUUGAUCGACCUUUAGUGCAACAUGAUGAAAUCGAAGGCGGACCUGAUGUGUUCGAUAGAGAUUCGAAUUGGGUAGAUGAAGAAUUAGGAGAAAAUUCGGGUAGUGGAGAUCAUUUGUUUUCUUCUCGCAGACACAGAAACAAAAACAAUAUGCAUCCAGUACAGGUUAUAAAGGAAGCAUUUUUUCCACAAAAGGGACAACUUAAAGAUUUCAUUCAAAAUAAACGCAAAAAAGGCUUAGGUAUACAGAAUGACGAAAUAGGAAAUCUUGUAAAUGAUUGAUUGCUAACAUAUAUAUUUUAAAGGUGGCAA